AUGAAGCAUAAACAAAAAAAAUUAAAAACAAUACCUUUGCAAGAAAAAAAUUUAGUAAAUAAUGCUCAAAAUAAAGAGUUAACUUCCAAUAAACAAGUUGAUAUGCAAGAUAUUCAAAAUAGUCAAGAUUAUUCAAAUCAAGAAAACUAUUUAAUAGAUGAUAGUAUAUCGGAUAUACAACUUGUUGACAAUACUUCUCAAAGAACAUCAAACACUAAAAAUAAUAAAUUAGAUGAACCAAGUGGUCUUAAUUCAAAUUCUCAUCAAUCUCAACAAACUACAUCUCUAUUAAACAAAUACUUUUUAAAUAAUUAUGAAGAUAACGAUUUAUCAGAUUCUGAAGAUUCAGAAUCUUCAGAAUCUGAUGGUUUAUCAAAAACAUUAUCUAGUUCUAAUUAUUUACGAAAUAAUACAUUUAAUUUGAAAACUUCAGGAUUAUUUAAUAAUAAAAGCUCAAUAACACGCUCUACUCAUAUAGAAUAUUCAAUGGAUAGUACUCUUAAUAAAAUAUUGGAUAUUGUACUUAAUAAUCAAAAUGAUAUAAAAGUAUUAUUACGUCUUCAUGGAGAAAUGGAAUCAACAAUUCGUUCACAAUCAGAUGAAAUUAAAAAGCUUAAAGAUUUAUUAAGUAAUUCACAUAAAACAGAAGAAGCAUCAUCUCGAGCUCAAUGGGCUGAGAAAAUUAAAGAUAAACUAUUUGAAGUAUUUCAAGACAAACUUAAUAAAAUUGAUUCGUCAGCUUCUGCUGAUACAAUUAAAACUUUUAAAGAUUCAGCAAAUACAAAAUGGUGCUUACGCAAACUAAAUAACCCAAUUAAUGACAAAGUCUUUGCAAUUGCUAUUUGCCUUUACAUUCUCGAUCCAAAAUAUGAAGGCAUGAAAUUAGAUCCUGAAAAG